AUGCAGGAGGAGGAUUGCUUGUGUCGAGUGCGUGUGACGAUGGAGAUUAAAACAGUGCGGAGGAAUGUGAUUCCUUUUAGGGAUUUCGUAGUGAUUCCCUACUAUCUUUUCGCCACCAUUGGUCUGGUGCCCUUUGAUCCUCAUCCUGGCUACAGGAUUUCAUGGCUGAAAACCCUCUACUGGUGGUCAUCCUACGUCAAUCAUCUCAUAUGCGUCGUCGGAGAAAUGAUUUACUUCUAUGCUGCGUGGAAGGAUGACGAAAAGGAUGAAGUGCUGUUCCUGGAGCUCACAGCUCUUGCUCCCUGUACGAUUUUCUCCUCCAUCGCGCUCAUCAAGCUGAACAUGAUUUGGUGGAAUCAGAAACGCCUGACGCGCAUUGUGAACAAGCUCGAGGAGAUUUUCCCCAAGACGGAGGACGAUCAGGAGGAGUAUCACAUCAGAGAGACACGCCGAGAAUCCUACAUGAUCACAAUUUACUUCUCAGUCUCGUACAUGAUUCUCAUUUGGGUCUUCAAUCUCCUUCCACUGAUUGUCUCCAUCAUGGACUACAUGGACACCGGGAUCUACAAGCGACAGCUGCCCUACUUCAUCUGGUAUCCCUUCAAUCCCACCAAGACGGCCAAGAUGUUCAUGAUCAUGUACGUGCAGCAGAAUUGGGGUGCUUUCGUGUCGAUGAUUGGGAUUCUGGGCACUGAUCUCUUCUUCGGGUGCUUCAUCACGCAGCUCUCCAUGCAAUUCAAGGCCUUGACGCAUCAUCUCACCUUCAUCACCACGCCCAGGAGGGCCAAAGGAUCGCGCAAUGCCCGCCUGAAGAGCGCCAUCGAGCGCCACCACACGCUGAUCGAUCUGUGCGCAGAAAUGGAGGACAUCUACAACUUCUCCAUCCUCUGCAACUUCGUCCUCAGCUCCCUCAUGAUCUGCCUCGUGGGCUUCCAGUCCACGAAUCCCGACGUGCACUUUGACAUCCUCUUCAAGUACGUCAUGUUCCUCAUCUGUGCUAUGUGGCAAGUCUUCUGUCUCUGCUAUUACGGCAACGUUCUCCUCGAAACCAGUCAGGCACUGUCGUGGGGCGCUUUCUGCUCCCAGUGGCACAGAGAAGAUGCGGAAUAUCAGAAGAGCAUUCUGAUGAUUCUCAUGCGAGCUCAGAGGCCUCAAUAUGUCACGGCGGGAAAAUUCUCCAUCGUCUCGCUGAGGAGUUUCACUGCGAUCCUAAGUACCGCAUUUUCCUACUUCACUCUGCUUCGAUCGGUGUAUUAUGACAACGGCGGUGGAUUUUAA